GUUACCGGCAAGUCGGACCGGACCGGAACCCGGCCGGUUCACAGAAAACGACCUCGUUUCCUUCCUUGAAAGGGAAAAAGUUGCGCGUUAUACCCCAUUCCCCCCUUCUCCAACUCCUUCCUUCAUCAAACCCUAGCCUCCACCAAAGAAAGCAAACCCUAGCCUCCACCAAUAGUUGUCGCCGUCUGUCGGAGUGAGAGACUGCUGCCGCCGUCCAUCGCACUCAAGAACUUCCGUCUUCGUGCUCUCGGGCCUCUCGCCGGAUCCUCCACGUCGGGUGCUCGCAUCUCGCCGUUCUCCUCUCUCCGCCAGUGAGUGCUCGAGCUGUGCGUGUUGGUUGCUGCUCGUCGUCCGUGGUUGUCUCUGCUCGAUUCUGCCUCCCAGCCUCACUCGAGUCUCGUCUCAGUCACUGGCAUCUCGUGGUUCGUCUGUCUCGUCGCCGGCGGUAGAAGCAACUCGUGGGGUGGUCGUCGACUCGCCGUCGAUCGUUGGGAAUCAAUGGCGUGGAGAGGAAAUCUUUCAAAGAACAUAAGGGAGCUUCGGUUUUUGAUGUGCCAGUCAUCACCUGCAAGCUCAUCUGCAAGGACAUUUGUGGAAAAGAAUUAUAAGGAACUGAAGACAUUGAACCCAAAAUUGCCAAUACUGAUUCGCGAAUGCAGUGGAGCUGAACCCCAGUUAUGGGCAAGAUUUGACUUUGGUGUUGAGAAAGGCAUCAAAUUGGAAGGCUUGUCUGAGGCACAGAUCUCCAAGGCACUUGAAGAUCUGGUGAAAGCCGGAGAGAUUUUGAAAGCUUGAUAUUGCUGCUUCUGAACUGUUUGGAAUGGAAUAAUGCUCUCAUGCUAUACUUCUAAUUACAUUUGCUUAUGGUUUAUAAUAAACCAGAGUUUUACCAUUAUUUCUAAUUGUAAUUUAUCCGGUUUCAUUCGGUCUCUAUGUGCAUCUUCUAGUCACUUCAAGUAUGCCGAGGGAUUCAUUCAGAACUCAGAUUUAUUCUAUUCACUUUGACUUUGGUUCUUAUCAAUAGUCUUUCUUGGUGAAAGAUUGCAUUGCCAGAGAUGUUUUGUAUUUACUGUAACAAGUGCAGAAACCGAUUUUUGUAUUGUUUUCCC